UUCAUUGUCUGCCACAGUGGGAAGCUUUGAAACCCGUUCGCCUGUGCGACAAGGUUUUGCGACGUUUGGAUCCCAACACGGGUCAUAGUUUGAAGUGAGAGCUUUCGGUGGACCGACUGCGAAGGCAUGGUGCUGUUCCAGCAGCUGACGGAGGCGGCUCAGCUCCCGACGCCGGGCCGUAGCGACAUGCACAACAGAGAGGCCGUCAACCGAAGUCCCAUGUCGACAGCCACCCAGUGCGCGAGCAAGCUGCAAGCGCUGCUAGCAGGCCACAGAAAUGCACCGAGCGACGAUCUACGGGCCGUGCUAAGCAAAUUUAGUGUCACGCUCGAAGCAAGCAUCAAGGGGACCGUAAAAUUGAUGAGCGGCACGUUCUGCGCUGUGUACGUGCAGAACUUGUCUGAGCAGCAAGGUAGUGGCAUGGAUGUUGAUCUCGCUCGCAGACAGCUUCAGAUGGGCGAGACUUUGUUUUACAAGGCUCUGGAAAGCAUUGUUGCUGAAAUGAAGCACCAAAAGCCAGACACUGAUCUUUCCGUGUACCUCGGCAAGAGUGCUUUUCAGCAGUCUCUGUUUGCAUGCUGCUUGGAGAUUGUGAUGUUCUGCUACAACUCACAACGAGAAUUUCCGUGGAUCUUGGAGGUGUUCAAUCUGAAGCCCUACCAUUUCUACAAGAUUACCGAGCCUCUGAUCCGUGCCGAGAAAGGCUUGUGGAGGGAAGUCAUCAAACACCUCAAUCAAAUUGAAGAGCAAAUUCUGGAGUGUCACGCCUGGAAGGACGACUCGCCACUGUGGGACGUGAUCAGCCGUGCUCAGCAGAAUAUACCCCAGUGCAAAGAGGUCUUUCCUCAGUGGCGAAUCGAAACAUUCCAAGAAUCCCUCAGAAAUGAGGACAAUGUGAAUGGCGCACCUUCCAUGGCACACCCAUCACCGGGUCACUCAGGAAGUAACCAAGGCCACUUAGACACAAACAAAACGGCUUUUCAGAGGAGCUCUGCGGGUAGCUGUCACGGCAGGACGGCAGCCCAGGCCAGCUCCGCGCCAUCAUCGCCCGAGGCUUCCGGAGAUAACAGGCCUCCACGCUGCGACUCCCUUGCGCUCUUCUUUCGAAAGGUGUACCACUUGGCGGCCGUGCGCUUUCUGGACAUGUGCGAGCGACUGGGCAUUCAAAAGGACGUCCAGCACAAGAUCUGGACCUGUUUCGAACAUUCCCUCGUGGCGCACAUUGACCUCAUGAGAGACCGGCACCUCGAUCAACUCCUCAUGUGUGCACUGUAUGUUGGUGCCAAGGUAACCGAAAUCCAAACUAGUUUUGAAGCCAUUCUGAACUGCUACCGGGAGCAGUCUCACAAGAAAAGCCAUGUGUACCGCAGCGUUUACUUGAGACGCACUGCAGGACACGAUGAACGGGAUGACAUCAUCAAGUUUUACAAUGACAUCUACGUAAGUCAGAUGUCUGCAUUUGUCAAGAGCUUCUGUUCGGGUGCAAGGAUGAAUGACAUCGUUUGCCUGACACCCCUGCCACGUGCCAAAUACAUGCUCAACUCGCCAAAACGCCAGAUUUCGCCCAACAUCAAGCUGUUCGUGUCCCCGCUAAAGGUUGACCAUUUUGUGACACCCGAGCGUCACACUUACCACUUCAACCAAAGCCCAGCCAAGGAUCUCCUCAGGAUCAAUGAAACGGUUAGGAGUGCUUGCGUGGAUGUGGCGAGGAAGCGAAUCUUGCUCGACAGUGAUACCUUGGAAGACAAGCCAGCCACCAAAAAACACGUGCUCUACGAGAAAAUCGAGGCAUUCGUGAGGGGUCGCCAGGACCCCUAAAACAGAGCUUGCAGCUCCAAAGAGUAGGCGGCUAGGGAAUGGAAAAGCUAGGCUUCCUUCUUCUGUUUAAUGUCGUUGUUUCAGGGCUGGCACGAUUCGUCAUUGCUGCGAAUCUUGUGCAAUGUGCUUUUGGUUUUGCUGAUGUGCAUUGCUUUGUCGAAAAUUGUAGAACCGCUACGCAUGCGACCAGAUCUAUUAGGGCCUCCUGAAGAAUGUUGAUUACCUAAAAAGAAGCUUUGAACUUGGUGGUGCUCUUGAGGUUGCUUAAAAAGGUAAUUCUGCCACAGGAAAGAGUGACAGAUCCUGUCAUUUGUGCAGUGGUUUUGGCAAACUGUGCAAGGAGUGCGGCACCACGUGCAUGGCGGGACCAGCUUGCGGCAUACAUUGCUAAAAGCAACUGUGUCUUUGUUGGCGCUGGAAUCACUGUGGGAUGAGCAUUUAUUUGGCAUUGCCAAGUCUUCGACGUUUUUUUGUUUCUUUAUUUUUUCUUGUAAGGAUCCUUGGUAUAUACAAGGUACGCUGAGUGGUGUGUGUGUUUGUGCAUGUGCGAGUUUUCAGUUUCGUGUUUUUUGUCCGGUGUCCCUUUUAUUUGCUGUCCAGUGUCCAUUAGAUUUCAGAAUGACGAUCUAAUAUGCCUAGAUGUUCCUUGCAAGGUGCACAGUACACAAAUAAUUGGUGCUCUCAGACCCUUGUAACUGUUGCCUGGGCCUUCGUGUCAUGAUGGAGCUGCGACCAGUCACGGAAUAUACAAACUUAGUGUUCCCUUUAACAGUGAAUCAUUCUGUGAAUUGCCACAUGCGUGUGUAUGUGUGUUCUUACAUGUUGUGUUUCUGCAAUGAGGUAUCUUGCAGUUCCUGUGUCGAGUGUCUUUGUGAGGGGCCAAAGGCCCUUGUUUCGCUUUGCAUGAGGCGAGGUGGUGAAGACGCUAGAAAGCAGUGUUGCAUUUGCUCUGCUGACUUGAAGUGGUAAUUCAGUAUGUGUGUGCAUUGUACAAGAACCCAACACUUCUGGUUUUGUAACGAUGUGCACAGGCUGCUGUUUAUGAUCUCUUUGCAUCUGCAAUAUAUAUACUCAUAGUGCAAUGUUGCCUUCUUCGUGGCAAUGCAGCAGUUUUCUCUGUUAUUCAGCGAUUCAUUGAAACACGUGGCCGUUAAAUUAUGUGCAUCAUUUAAACGUUCAUACAGUCAUUUACAUAAUGACUAGAAAUGGUCGUUUAAACAUUAAUACAGUUAUUUAUAUAAUGAUUAUAAAUGAUCUUGCAUGCUCCCAGUCUUUUCUCUUUCUGAUGUUUAGGUUGGGAUCCUAAGCUUUUUAUUGUGCAUGCAGCCUUUGAGUCCACAUUUUGAGUCUGUAUUUCUCAUGAGUGGUGCUAGGCAAUGUGUUAUGACAAAUGGUAAUUCCUAACAUGCCAGCUGACUACGGUUCUGCAAUUGCAAUUGUGUGCUUUAAUAGGUGCUGACUUGCAGGUGUAUUAGUGAAACUGAAAGAGUGUUGCGCUUCAAAAGCUAGCCUAGUGUGUCAGUGGCUUUCUUUUUUACACUGGACGUCGCUGUGACCCAAGUAUCUCUGACUGGGUUAAUGGUCUCUAGACAGACCUGUUUAAUGUCAUCCAGCGAAAGAGAGAGAGAGAGGAGAUAAUUGUUGGGCAGGAGGCUGGCAGGUUAACCAGAGGUUGAAUAUCCUGUUUGCCUUUUGCACCGGGAAAGGGGUUAGAAUGGACAGAGAGGUAAGAAAGAAAAAUGAAACAUUGUAAUGAGGACAGAUACACAACAGGCUUACUUGGUGAUUGCUUUGUGAUUGUGAUUUACUUUAUGGACUACGAAAUGGCCAUCAAACAUUCAAGACUAUUCUGAAGCAUGUAGGACUGGAGUCGGAUGAUGCUUGAAGAGUUCCAGUAUUCAUGACCUGUUUUGUGAUGCAGGUGAAGGCCUGGCACAUCAUUGUGUGAAAAAAUACAUUUGAUCACUGCAUUUCAAAGGCAUCCAACGACGUUCAGCUAAGCUACAAGGCCUCAUUAUUAGGUGCUUUACUCUAAAUGAUAUUGCAUUUACAAGCGUGUAGUACUUUUGGUAGUCACAUUCUGCACCAUCAUGGCCAUAUGCAGCUCACUAUGAUCGCAGACAGACAAAUAAACUUAUUGAGGUCCUGAGGGACUAGCCAGAGGGUACCUGUUGGAGCUCCCGGCUUGCCGGGGGCUCCAUUGUGUCUUCUCGGCUUGCCUUUGCCAUUUUGUUGAGCACGGGCUAACAGGUUUACAUACGUGCCUGCAGAGUCAGCCUCUCUGACGUUGCUUUGAACCCACAUGAAAACACCACCUUGUGAGAAUUUCCGGUGCCGGCGGUCAUUCCCUUACCUGCGUGUCCAGAAAAAAAAAAGCUUCGAGUAAGCUGAAAAUUCCUUGCGCAGGGGUUGUUGCUGACGUCAAUGUUUCGACAAGUGGUCUUGUCUUCUUCAAGGCAGCAACUGCCUUGAAGUGAAGAAGACUUGUUGAAAUGUUGACUCUGGCAACACCCCUUGCUCAAGUAAUUUUCAGCUUGCUUCCAAGCUUCCAUCUUUUCUUUUCUGCCUUGCUUGAAGUAAGCUUCAGCAUAGGAAGCUGAAUAUAAUUGCGAUGGUGUAAAGUGCACAUAUUGUGCCCAUUUGUGCAAAUGCUGGGAAAACGUGCAUGUAGGCAUGACAACUUUUACCAGCGGUGGAGUAUGGCUAGUUUAAAAGCAGGUACAAAGGUGCUUUUGUGUUCGUCAUAGCAUUUGUUGCAUGUGACUCCUACGCUAUAAAAGCAAAUUGUACAGUAAGCUAAGUACUGUAAGUUUUUAUCGCGAGUGCCUAGUAUUAGGUAGUGAAUGAAGCAUGCUCAAUAAUUUUUCGGAACAGUGUAUGUUUUUGACACUAAAACUGAAAAAAUAAAAAUAAAAGCUAACCAAUGAGAACUUUGAACAAUCAACAGCAGCUUCUCCUAGAUUAUUUCAGUAGUCUAAUUCCCAGACUGGCGUGGGUGGAAGGCCGCGCUCCUCAGCUCAGACACACUAAUACAAACACGUUUAGUACGGCAGGCCAAAGACGCCGCCAGGGCCCACGGGAUCAUGGCUGAUGUAUAAGUUGGGUCCCCCCUUCUGAAAGGGGGAGGGGGAUCUUUCUGCUAAUUGAAUCAAGUUCGUUCAUUAUCAUCGUCUGUAGCACCAAUUUACAGCCAAACAUGAAAUUUCAUUGCAGUUAGGUUUUGAGAGAGAGCUGCUGCACUUGCUGCUGGUGGUUUAACAGUUCCUUCUUGGGCGAGCAAAGUUGUGUUUGGAGUUUGUUUCCUUGGGAUUAUUUUAUGGGUGUGCGGUCUAGAAAGAUGCAAUUCGCUUCACCACAGUUGGCUACUUGUUUCCAUUCGGUGCUUUGUCAUAGUUUUUUGCUCAUGUAAUCUGCGUAUUGUGACAUGUGCGUGUGCUGUGCAUAAAGGAACAGAUACAAUGA